AUGACCACCGCAUCUCGCUUGAGGCAGCCUUCCUUGUUCAUUGAUAAGAACUAUAUCAAUGGACAAUGGGUAGAUGCUGCAUCUGGGAGACAAUUCAAGGUGACGGAUCCAGCAAAUGGAAAUGUCAUCGCUUCAUGCCCAGAGUCCGCCACGAUAGAUGCAGAGGAAGCAAUUCGGGCUGCGAAUGCAGCACUUCCUGCGUGGAGAUCACGCGCAGGUCGUAAUCGAAGUCGUAUUCUUCGUCGGUGGUAUGAGCUAGUCAUGGAGAACAAGGACGAUCUAGCGACCCUGAUUACCUUGGAAAACGGCAAAGCUAAAGCCGAUGCUGAAGGCGAGGUUCUCUUUGCCGCAAGCUUUCUUGAAUGGUUUGCUGAAGAAGCUUCCCGAAUUUAUGGUGAUGUGAUUCCGCACAGCCAGCCUGGGUUCCGCGUUUCGGUGCUGAAAGAGCCUAUUGGAGUCUGUGGUCUUAUUACGCCAUGGAACUUCCCUGCUGCUAUGAUUACUAGAAAGCUCGGUCCUGCCCUGGCGGCUGGAUGCACAGUCGUUGUGAAGACUGCCGGUGAAACCCCGUUGACUGCAAAUGCCUUGAUUCACCUCGGUGAGAUGGCAGGUGUGCCUGUCGGCGUUAUCAAUAGCGUGAGUGCAUUGGAAAACACGCCCGAGAUCGGACAAGCCCUAUGCUCGUCCAACAUUGUUCGCAAGAUAUCCUUCACCGGCUCUACCAGAGUCGGCAAACUCCUUAUGCAACAGUCUAGUGGCACCUUAAAGAAGCUAGGCUUAGAGUUGGGCGGGAACGCCCCGUUCAUUGUCUUUGAAGAUGCCGACCUUGAGGUGGCCGUGAAUGCGGCAGUAGCCAGCAAGUUCAAGUCUUCAGGCCAGACCUGUGUCUGUUCCAACCGGAUCUUUGUCCAGAAAAGCGUUUAUCCGGAGUUCAUCCGCCGACUGAAGGAUGUUGUCGGACGAUUCCGGCUGGGGGAUGGGUUUGAUGAGAAGACAACACAUGGUCCUCUGGUGACCCCUGCAGCUGCAGACAGAGUCGCCAGUCUUGUUGAGGAUGCUGUUCAGCAAGGUGGUCAGAUUGCAAUUGGAGGUCGUCGAAGACCUGAUCUAGGUAUUUUCGUUUCCUAUGCCACGCCUAUUGGCGUUGAAGCUCAUGAGCUAACGGGACAUUCAUUCAUAGGCUCAAACUUCUUCGAACCAACUAUCAUCACAAAUGUGAACACUAAAAUGCGGGUUAUUCAGGAGGAGAUCUUUGGGCCAGUGGCACCCAUCUUCUCUUUUGAUACUGAAGACGAAGUUAUCUCGGACUCCAAUAAGUGUGAGGUUGGAUUAGCAUCCUAUAUCUUUACUCGUGAUGUUACUCGGGCGAACCGCGUAUCAGAGCUGUUGCAGUUUGGAAUGGUAGCCAUCAACACAGGCGCUGUAUCAGACGCUGCCAGUCCUUUCGGAGGUAUUAAGCACUCUGGUAUGGGACGUGAAGGAAGUAAAUAUGGAAUCGAUGACUACUUGCAGACAAAGACAGUUGUUACUGGCAAUGUACAUGUUGUCCACAAGUCUUCAUUAUAG